UCUCUAAACAGCUGUUCGCCAAUGUCAAACGCCACGCAAGUGUUGAUUAUUUACACAUAUUUAAUUAAAACAUUCCAACGCUUUAUAAAAUUUACCGGCAAACAAUGGUUAUGACAAAUUUACAACGUUGGCUUUUAUAUAUCGGACUCUUUGCGAUACCCUAUGUGGCCAUCGUGACGGGUAUACUACGCGCACCGGUGCUCACUAAAUGGGAAUUGGAAAUUCAAUUGUUGCCACUUGUUGUGCUUGUACUGUUUGGGGCUUACUCGGCUACAGUGGUGCUCUAUCGCACAUUUACAUUUAACGAUUGUCCGCUGGCAGCCAAAGAAUUGCAGGAACAGAUUGAGCUCGCACGCAAAGAUUUGAAAGAAAAAGGUUUCAUAUUUCGCGACUAGACAAUAUUUAUGUGCUGAUAAACUUUCCUUACACAUUAAGUAUUAAUUAUAGAUGAAUUCAAAUAAAUAAAUAAAUGCAUUAAUUUACAUAUACUUUGAGAAGUGAAUGCAUAUCAACUCUCUGCAUAACUUAGUAGCAUCUGCAUAUUAACAAUUGUUUUGAAACUUGUCUGGCAAGUUGUUUAAUGAGUUCGUGUAAGCUGACAAGUAAGCUUUAGACUUUCUAUUUUUUAUUAAAUAAAUGCCAAGCGCAGUAAAUAACUUAUAAAACUUUAA